CCAGUCGACCUCGAUGAAUUUGCGGAGGGAUUGGAAGGCCAAGGUUUCAAGGUCGACAAGAUCGAUCUUAACAGCAAGGCGAAAGUGCUUAAGAUGAAAUUGGAAAAGGCGGAGGCGGAGAGUAUGAUAGACUCGGUAAAGGGUAAUGAGAAAAAAUUCCGUCAAAAGAGGACCAUCUGCCUGAAAUGCGGAGGAGGAGGAGGAUAUAAAGGAGGAUAUGGUGGGUAUCCGAGCGGGGGUGGUGGUCAAUGUUCUAGAUGUGGAGGAGGUUAUGGUGGGCAUCGGGUAGCAGUGAUACCAGUUGUUGUCGUACCUAUUACAGGAGGAGGCCAUCAUGGAGGAGGCGGCUAUCCUCACGGCGGGGGCGGCGGCUGUAACUCUUGCGGCGGUGGCGGAUACGGCGGAGGUAGUUAUUCUCAAUCCUCAGCGUCGGCCCAGGCUUCAUCUGGAACCUGGGGAAAAAAAUGAGCAGAAUAAAUAUUAUGAUCACGUAAACGUAUUGCCAUUAAUGAUUUAUGCUGCCUUCAUGUUUAAUACACGUGUACAGUAAAAAAA